AAUGCACCGCCCUGUCCUGUCCUGUCCUAUCAGCACUGCACCGCCCUGUCCCGACCUGUCCUGUCCUAUCGGCACUGACCGCUCCGUCCUACCUGUCCUGCCCUGCCAUGUCCUGUCCUGUCCUAUCGGCACUGACCGCUCUGUCCUACCUGUCCUGCCCUGCCGUGUCCUGUCCUGUCCUGCUGGCACUGACCGCUCUGUCCUACCUGUCCUGCCCUGCCGUGUUCUGUCCUGUCCUGUCCUGUCCUGCCGGCACUGACCACUCUGUCCUACCUGUCCUGCCCUGCCAGCACUGACCGCUCCGUCCUACCUACCUUGUCCUGUCCUGCCCUGUCCUACCGGCACUGACCGCUCUGUCCUACCUGUCCUGCCCUGCCCUGCCUUGUCCUGCCGGCACUAACUGCUCUAUCCCACCUAUCCUGUCCUGCCCUGCCCUGUCCUGCCUGGGGGACUCUCGAAGAUCAUGGCUGCCCGGCCUGUCCCUGCUGCCCUGCAUCCAGCCAGUUGCCCAGGGUCCCUCAUACACUUUUCCCCACCUCAGAGCCGAAUAUCCCCGGCACAGAGCCCCGGAGCUCUGGGCCGGGGCCAGACGCCCCCGCAGAGUGCUGGCCCGGGGCCUCGGCGCCGGGAGCCCCAGUGCUGGGCCGUGCCAGCGAUGGCUGCGGAUCUCAUCACGGUGAAGGCUGCCCGGGGGGACACCGCGGGGGCAGGGCCGGCCUUGCAGAAAGCGUCCGGCAGCGGGAUGGCGGGGCUGGCACUGCCCGUCUGCCUGAUCCUCGCUGCCGCCCUGCAGGGCGGCCUGAGCCGGGCACCGGGGCCCCUGGCCCGCCCCGGCCCCCUGCUCCUGCGGCUGCGGCGCCUGGAGGAGCAGUUUCUCCGGCUCCAGGAGGUGACCCUGAACCAUCUCCAGAGCAUCGCCAGCAACUACAACGUCUCCUACAACAUCGAUGAACGUUUCCAGGCGCUGGCGGAGCAGGCGGAGGCGGCCGGCGCUGCCCGGGCCGCCCUGGGUGCCGAGCUGGCCCGCGUGGCCAGCGCUGGCCGGCGGCUGCGCCGCAGGCUGAAGAGGCUGGAGGGGACGGUGGGUGCCCUGGGCCCACCACACGGCCUGCUCACCCCCCUGCCGUCCGCACCGGUGGAGGCUGGCACCGAACCGCAGGGUCUGCCAGACACGGCCCGGAGCCGGGGCGGCCAGCAGGAGCAGCAGCCCCCGAGCCAGGCUGCCCGCAGCGCCCCCGGCCCGCACCGCCCGAAGGCGAGGCGCUGGCAGCAGCACCGGCAGGAGGAAGGGCACCGGCUGCCGGCUGAUGCCGGGCCCGGGGGAGCGCCCGGGGAGGAUGAGGAGAGCCCUCGUGAUGCAGCACCAGGACCCCAGGCCGUGGCACCGCUGCUCCCCACCGUGACUGCGGUGCCCCGGGAGCAGCCCCCAGGCCCCCAGCAGCCGGGGGAGGGUAGGUACGGACCCCCCGCCCCUGUGCCCACCUCCCCCGCCUGUCGCACCGGUGCCGUCCUCCUCUUCCCCAACACCUCCGCUGAGCCCGGGGCCGUCCUGGAGCUGGGGCCACACCGGGGGCUGCGGGCGAUGUCACUCUGUGCCUGGCUGGCCACCCCAGCGCCGCGCCUCGGUUCUCUCCUCUCCUACGCCGCCGAGGACGGGCGCAGCGAGCUGGCCGUGCAUGGCCACGCCGGGGAUCGCCCUGGCUCUGCGCGCUUCGUCGUGGGGGACGGGCAAUUUCGGGAGCUGCCGGUGGUGCCGCUCCUGGAUGGCAAAUGGCACCACCUGUGCCUCACCUGGUCCUCCGGCCAGGGCCAGUACCGCUUCUACGUGGACAGGAGGCUGCUGGCUGCCGGCUCCGGCUUCCAGCGGGGCCACGAAAUUCCCGCUGGUGGCUCGCUGGUGCUGGGCUGGGGGCAGGACCGCCCCAACGUGGACUUCGGCAUUGCAGAAGCUUUUGUGGGACACCUGGCUAGCUUCGCUCUCUGGAGACGGGCUCUCCUGCCCGGGGAGGUGGCCAGAAUGGCCACCGGGCGGGGGAUGCCCCGUGGCCCCCUCCUCACGCUGGCCGAUGCCUCCCUGCAGGGCGGGGUGCGGAGGGUGGCGUGUCCCUGCCUCCAGCGCUGCCUUUGACGAGGCUGACAGCAGGAAUGGUGCCGGCUGCCAGCGGUCACGGCUGGCUCAUGAAGCCUCUCCCGACGUGAGCUGAAUCCUCCCAGGGUGAUGGGACACCCAGCAGGGAGGGCGUGUCGGGACCGGCACCAGCGGAGGGGGGGAAAGGGGUCUUGGCAGCCAGUACGGCAGAGGUGGGACCAAAGCCAGAGGUCGCCUGCUCCUAGAGGAUGUACAGCCCAUGGUUCCUAUUAAAAUGCUCCGAACAUUAGAGAAAC